AUGACGCCAACAAAUCACAACUUCUUGGUUGCGUUUUGUUUGAUGCGAGAUGAGGCGGCUGUGUCGUACUCGUGGGUGCUGCAGGGAUUGAGAGAUAUUUUCGGCACUGCUCAGACUCCUAGCGUCAUUGUAACCGAUCGUGACGAAGGUUUAUCUGCAGCUAUUCGUGACGUCUUCCCAGAUGUACGUCAUUUGUUAUGCACCUGGCAUAUUGGCAACGAUGUUGAGAACAUGGUGGACAAGUUGUGCGGCGGCAAGAAAAAUCAACAAGGGCAGUUAUUCAGGAAAAGUAGAUGGAACCCCUUGGUUGAAAGUGCUACAAUCCGGGAAUAUGAAAAGAGAUGGGAAGGGAUCGUCAGUACGUGGUCGGUUAGGAACCGAAGGGUCGUUCGGUAUUUGACUGGAACAUGGAUUCCACUUAGAGAGAAAUUUGUGCGUGAAUCCAUGACUUCUGUACCAAGAACGCUACGACAGUAUUUCUUUAGACCUCUAUAUCGCCACGUGUCUCUCUAUGCCUUGGAGCAGAUCCAGAAUGAGUUUAACCGCAUGUUAGAACAGGUCCUUAAAUCUGAUCCCGCUUUUGUUUGCCGAAUGGCUGAGGUACUUGAUUAUGAAUUACACCCAGAUGGUGCGGAUAUACCUGAGCCUUACGCUAGGUCUAGAUCUUCUUCCCGCGGGAGAUCAAGUGGCAGAUCUAGUGGCCGAGAGACGCAAUCUUCAGUAGGAAUUAAGUUCAGUUUCAACUUAUCCGAUGAUCCAGGAGGUCGUGAUUUCUCACUGUUUCCAUGGCCUGAUUACAUCCCAUUCAUGCUUCCUCCUUAUUUGUUCGACUAG